AUGGCGGCGGCCGGGGGCUGCCUGCGGGUGGUGGGGCUGCAGUUUUGGGCUGGCUCGCCGCAGGCGCUGCCCGCCCUCUUGGCCCCCACCGUCCUGCUGGGGCUGCUGCUGGGCGCCGCCGCCGCCGCCCUGCUCUGCCGCUGCGCGCUUGGGCCGCGCCGGCGGAGAGAGAAGGAUGAUUCCCAGAGACUUCUGGAAAGCUUCAACUCUGAUGAAAAAGAGCACACCAUCAUGAAAAAUGAAGCAGAACCCUAUACAUCAAAAGAAGAAAUGGUGCUGGUGGACAGUGAUUCUCCUCUGAACAGUAACAUCACAGCAUUUGCAUUAAAGGCAAAAGUGAUCUAUCCCAUCAAUCAGAAAUUUAGGCCUUUGGCGGAUGGCUCAUCCAAUCCAUCUCUGCAUGAGAAUCCAAAGCAGGCGGUUCUGCCUAAUCAGGUCAUGGAGACAUCUACGUCAGGCAGCCUGGAAUCCCUGAGCCAGGGAGACAAAGAGGACUGCAGUUCCUCCACAACAAUACAUUCCACAACAAGUGAUGACAGAUUUCAGGCUCGAGCCUUCCUCAAAGUGACCAGCUUCCCUGAAGUGCUAACAUGUGAGAGUUUUGAUGUUAAGAUCUGCCUUUGCAGUCUUAUUUUAAAAGAUCUCCUGCUUCUUGAUACUGAACUCAGAAAAGAAAAGCAUGUGAUGUUUAUUCAGGUUCUCAAAAUAUACCUCACAGACUUUUAUCAUAAAAAGAAGAUUACUGAUGAUUUGUUCAAGAAGAUCCUUUUAAUUCAGGAAAAUGAUUUUGAAGAAUUACAGAAACAACUUGAUUCCAGACUCCAGAAUACUGAAAUGUCAGGAGCCCAUAAUUCAGAGUACCAGACCCUAGAAGACUUAGAAAGGAAAGAAAGGGAAUAUUCUGAGCACGUAAUAGAUAAUAUGGAAACUUUUUGGAAGCAGACUGACAAAGCCCAGCAGGCUUUUUUGGACCAAUCAAAAUGCUCAAGUGCCAAAGCAACAAAGAUAAUGAUGGAUCUGACUGAGAAGAUGAUUGAAGUAGAAAGCUUAUUAAGUGAAUCUCAAGAUUCGCAGGCAAUGGACAUUCAGGAGAGAUUAUUUAACUGGGAGCUUAUGGUGAAAAUGAUCGAUUCACUGAAGUGUUAUAUACCAGAAGAGUGCAAGUGUAGGUUAAAUAUUGUAUCAAAUAUUCUGGACCAUUUAACUGUAAAGAAUAAUCUCUCAGUCCGACAAAAGGAAGAACUUUUAACAGAUCUGCACAAGGCCUUCUGGGAACAGCUGACACAUUUGAGUAAUGAAUGUAUCCAGCAAAGUAAGGACCUGAUCUUGAAACGACUGGAGUGCCGUGCAAAGAAGAGAGAAGAGUUCAAACACAGACAGAAAGAUGAACAAGAGAGUCUCCUCAGUAAAACUUUUCAUAAUGAAGAUGUUCAUGAUUUUCUUAAGGCUUACCAUGAGCUGUUAGAGAAGCAUCGGCAAGCACAGUGGGACCUGGAGGAGGAGGAUGACUGUGAGAGCACAGAGGCUGUUGCAGAGCUCUACAAGGAACUGUACUCUAAAGCUUCCCAUGUUUUAGUGGAGUUGGUGACGGAGCUGUUUCUUCAGAACCUGCCUGUUGUGACCAGCCUCUCUGUAAGAGAAUGUGAGCUUCUGAAAGAGGACUGGCAGGAGAAUUUGGUCCCUCAGCUGGAAAAGUGGGAGACCCACCGCCAGAGACGCUGGAACCUUUUCCAGGAACAGCUAUUGCAAGAAAAAAAACUAUGGUUAAAGGAAUAUGCUCUGUCUGCUGUGAUGCAAAAGCACCUGUCUGAGAAACAAGAGAAGAUGAUUCAAGGUGUCGUAAGCAGACUAGGAUGCCUCAGUGAUGAGUCUGUUAACUAUAUAUUGCAAAAACACCGACUUCUGAUGUGCUCAGUACUCAGAAGGUUAACCCUCCGAAGAGUUGGAAUGGCAGCCCUGGCCCGCAUGAGACUGUCCAGAAAGAAGAGCUUGCUUCAAGAACUGAGAGAGCAACAUAUCCUGCAGAAGGGAUCCUCUCCCUGCCAAGAUGAAGACCAGUGGCAGUUGCAGAAGGCAGUGGAGUCCCACAUUCUGGAAGAGGAGGAAAAGCUUGAGGAAGAAACGCAGCAAACGCAUUUAGAAUUUCACCACCAGCUAGUCACAGAAAUCCAAGAAGCUCUUCAGUUUCUUCAGCAGCACAUGGAGCAGGUGAUUGGGCAGACACUGCUGCAGCAUGCCCAACGGGAAGCUGGAAAAAAGAGUUCAGAUGAUGGACAGGACUUCAAGGAGAGACUGGUGGAAGCUGCUGUAGAAAGUGUGUAUGGGACCAGCAAUAAUAUCAGUAGACUGGUGCAAAAUUACUAUCAGCAAUUAGGAAAAAUCACAGAAGACUAUGAAGGUAAAAAGCUUCAGCAACUAAAAUCCUUACAAGCAGAAAGAGGUGAAAGGGUCAGACUUGGGAAUAAGCAAGAGAAUGAACUAGCACUGAAAGAAAAACAGACCAAAGGCUUCCUGAACGUAUCAUCCACAGUCCAUCAGAGGAUGGUGCUGCAACAAAAGAAGGUUUUAGCUCAGUUUGAACUGCAGCAACAAAUUCGUCUGGAAUCUCUGAAACAGAAGCUGCUGGGAUUGCAUCACCUAGAAACUGAGUUGGAGAAUCAGCUAAAGGAAGCAGAGCAGGACUUUGUGAGUGAGUUGGCUGCACUGGCCCGAGUUCCAGUGGCUGUGAAAAAGAAGCCUUCCAAAAGGAGCAAGCCAGCAGGGGAAAAAACAAAAAGAAAGACCUCUCAGUCACCAGAAUCAGCAGACAAAGAUGAUUCUCAUGAAAGUACUCAAGAUCCCCCUGGACUGACUUCUGGCUUAGGCAGAGAGAGGUUACAGAGUCCACAUGAAGGGGAGACUAAACCAAAGAAAAACUCAAAGAUGCUAAAAAAAAGAGGCAACAGGUAGUAAAAGUAUUUAUAUGAGCUGUCUGAACACAGAGUACCAAAGCAUUCUUCUGGGGAACUUCAGCAGCUAUAAAUACUUACUGAGCUGCUCUACUGAGGAACAACGAAGAACAUCAAUAAUAGCCACUGAGAAAUCUUCUUUAGCUACAGAGCAAGAAUCAACCUCGACUUCCUUUAGCUGUUAAUACAACAUUCCUACUUGGUUUUGGUAAGGGGCAGCAAGGAAUUCUCUUCCAGAUCACUUGGGGAAUGUGGAGGUGGGAUAGUUUUAGAUUAGGAAUAUACUUAAGGAAAGAGCACCUGUAGGAUAACAGAUCCACACAAGGCUGGUUACCCAGGUCGGUGUAUCUCAGUAAGGUUUCAUUACAGUAGUGAUGUGCUUUUGAGCUUUUAGGGCUUUUGAGCCCUAAAUGUGGUAGAGCAGAUCUUAAUAUUUUGUGAUGUUGCUUUGGACUAACAAAAAUAGAUAGAAAUGUAAAGAAUAUGUGAACAGACUUCAGAUGGUGUUGGUACAUCAAAAGAUUACAUUUGGUCUGUCGUCUGUUACAUUGUAGUGCUUCCAAGGCUAUGUAUGCUUUUUUAAAUUUGUACAAGGAUUUUUAUAAACAUAUUUCUCUGCA